CCACAUGACAGCAUCUGUGAAGAGUAAGUGUGGACUUCGGCAAGGGUGUCCUUUGUCGCCGCUGCUCUUCAUGCUCUACAUUGUAGGUUUAUCCCAAAAGCUGGAAGCAUCAGGGUGCGGGUACGCACUGCGGCACAAUGAGCAGGGGAGGGCAGUGACGACGAGGGUCCCAGCGCUGAUAUACGCAGACGACAUUGCGUUGCUGGCACACUCACCGGACGAGCUCCAGGCUUUGCUGGACAUAUGUGGGGACACAAUGGCCACACUCCAUCUGCGGUUCAACCCACAAAAGUGCGGCGUCAUGGUAUGGGGGCCGAAGAGCUACUCCGGGGAAGCAUGGUCUCUACAAGGAAGCACCCUACAGUGCACGGACAGGGUGAAGUACCUCGGAGUACACUUGAACACAGGGCCCAGAUAUCUUGAGCAGCACGAGCACGCACUGAGGAUGAAGGCAACAAGAUACCGGGGCAUCUUGGGUAGGCAGACGUUGUGGGCCUUCAACAGGUACGAAGUGAUGAGGGGGCUGUGGAAGAUGGUAGCGGUACCGGGGCUGACGUAUGGGAAUGCGGUGCUGUGCAUCUCAUCUGGUACAAGAGAAUUUCUGGAAAGACGUCAAAGAGAAGCCGGCCGAGUAGCCCUGGGCGUGCACCGACAGACACCUAUUGAGGCGAUACAGGGAGACGUGGGGUGGUCCUCCUUCGUGGCUCGUGAGGCGGUGGCUAAGGCAACGUAUGAGAAGCGUUUCAUGCGCCUCCCCAGUGCCAAUCUCGCGCGACAGGUGUGGGUGCACACCAACUUUGCCAGCUGCUCAACAAAGUGGGCACGUCGCACACGAAGCCUGCGGGACCGAUAUCACCUCCCCACUGUCUGUCUGGAAUCCACGCAGGGCGAGUGA